UUGUCUCUUUCGAUCUUCACACACAAACUUUCAAAGUCAUCUCUAAAGUUCCCUUUGCCCAUAGUAUCAUAGUGCCCAAGUCACAUGAAUGUUCUAAGAAAACACAUGGGUUUUUUGUACAACUAGUUACCACAAAGAACAAAAGAACAAAAAUCGUAUUGCAAAACACAGGUUGUGUGUGUUUCUCCAAUUAGUUAAAUAUUUUCUGCAUGUUGUUGUGUGUAACUUGACAGGUUGUAUAAAAUCAAUUAUUCCAUCAUAAUCUUAAUUAAUUAUCCAUCAAAGGAACAACAAUUAUUUCAUCGAAUUAGUUUUAUUAGGUUGCCACUGUCAAUUUGUAAUUAAAAACACAUAAACCAAUCUCAAUCUUCACCUAUAAAAACUCUUAAGACAAUCUUUACAUUCUUCACACAACAUCCACAUCUCAAGCUUUACAUAACCUUUAAGGCUAAGUCUUAUAACUUAUUCCUCUAUGGCUUAUUCUAAGGUUGCUCUUCUCCUCCUCUUCAAUGUCAUCUUCUUCACUUUAGUCAGCUCGACUUCCGUCCCUUGUCCACCACCACCGUCCAAGAGCCACCACAAGAAGCCCACACCGUCGUCUCCUUACCACAAAGCCACUUGUAAAGACGCUCUUAAACUCAAGGUAUGUGCUAAUGUGUUGGAUUUGGUGAAGGUUUCUCUACCACCAACGUCCAAAUGUUGCGCUCUCAUCAAUGGUCUUGCUGAUCUUGAAGCUGCCGUCUGUCUUUGCACCGCUUUGAAAGCCAAUCUCCUCGGCAUCAACCUUAAUGUUCCCAUUUCGUUGAGUCUUGUCCUAAACAAUUGUGGCAAGAAGGUUCCAUCUGGUUUCCAAUGUGCCUAGAGAUUACACAUUUCAAGAUUGAGUUUCUUAAUAAUAACUUCAUUUGUUUCUUGUUUUAAAUGUCCUCUUUUUGAUUUUAUCAUUAACGAUCGUUUUAAUUUGUUACACGCAUGGUUUAUCAAUGGAAUAAGAUGUUUUCGUUCAAAAA